GGCGGAAACGGAAAUGACGUCACGGCAGCUCCGGUGUCUAAUGGCUGAACAACAACAACUGUCGGCGAGCGACAAACUUUCACAAACUUCCGCGGAGACGAAACAGAGUAGGACGCGGCUCGGCCUUCCGGUUGUGUAACAGCUUAAUUGGCGCGUUCGCCUGUUUUUGUUUCCCCCACCUCGUCGACACAAAUGUGGAACUACUGAUGGAUCCCAGAUAUGACAUCCCGCGGAGGGCCGCCGGAGGUGGCGGGGGCUCCGCGAGCUCGUCCCCGGCUCUGGGCGCACAGUCGCGCCGCAGGAAGAUGCCUCCCCGACCCGCCGACUUCAAACUGCAGAUCAUCAUCAUCGGCUCCCGCGGCGUCGGCAAAACCAGCCUCAUGGAGAGAUACACGGACGACACGUUCUGCGAAGCCUGCAAGUCGACCGUAGGAGUGGACUUCAAAAUCAAGUCGGUCGAGCUGAGAGGGAAGAAGAUCCGACUACAGAUAUGGGACACGGCUGGUCAGGAGAGGUUCAACAGCAUCACGUCCGCCUACUACAGAGGCGCCAAGGGAAUAGUGCUGGUGUACGACAUCACGAAGCAGGAGACCUUUGACGACCUCCCCAAGUGGAUGAAAAUGAUAGACAAGUAUGCCUCGGAGGAAGCAGAGCUCCUCCUGGUCGGGAACAAGCUGGACUGCGAGUCCAAUCGUAUCAUCUCCAGACAGCAGGGCGAGAGGUUCGCCUCUCGAAUCAGUGGAAUGCGCUUCUGCGAAGCCAGUGCCAAGGAUAACUUCAAUGUGGACGAGAUCUUCCUGAAACUCGUGGAUGACAUUCUCGGCAAGAUGCCUCUGGAAGUUCCCAACAAGGAGCUUUCCAACAGUGUCCUGUCUCUGCAGCCUGAACCGGAAGUGCCUCCGGAGUUGCCCCCACCUCGCAUGCGCUGUUGCUGAGAGUGGUCCCCCAUGCUACACACACACACGCACACACACACACACACACACACGCACACACACACACACACACACACACACACACACACACACACACACACACACACACACACACACACACACUGACACACUGACACACUGACAGUACACGCUCAUCUUACACAUGCACACCACCAAUCUGGCCACCAGGGGGCAGGACACCGUAGCAGUUUGGAAUUAUUGGACCUGCUGCUCUUAAAAAUGCACGGACCCUCUUCAACAAGCAGUAUUAUCUUCCCCCCGUCUCUCUUCCUGUUCUGUAGCUGUACACUACGACACGUGCCACACUAACACUCUGACCCGGUGAAUCACCCACCUCCCACCACCUCUCUCUUGUCUACACUUGACCCAGACUACCUCAUUCCUCUUGACCUGUUCGGCUCGCUGUGCCCCCCCCCUCAGGUGCCUUCGAGGUAGAGAGCCCUCUGGUAGCAGUUGCACAUUUUCUGCGGACGGGGGGGAGGGGGAUCAUCGAGGGCCCUUACAGCUUGUUCUCUCGCUGUUGUAUUUUGGCAUCUCGCAUAUACUCUACACUACGUUUCGACGUAGUCUAAGUCGCCCCUGAUGGUCUGUAAUCCUCUUCAUCCUCUAGCUCUCAGAAAAAGGGAUAGCGAUAUCUCAUGUCCUUUCAGUUCUAAGUCAAAUUCUGGGUCUAGGUACAGUAGUUUUGUAUUCUAAUUAAUAAGUAUUCUUACCGAGUUGACUUGAGGUAGACAAAAAGCACAUGUUGUAAAUAUGGUGUGUUGCUGUAAUGACUGGACAAAAGUGCAGGUUUCCGUGGCCCCGCGGUGGGUGGGUGGGUGGGUGGGUGGUUGUGUGGUGGUGAUCGGCUUGUAUUCCUUUUGCCUUAAUGUAUUAAACGUGGCCGGAGCGCCUUUUUUUUUUUUUCUUCUUCUCGCGUUUAUACACACUUUGUAUAAACUGUCGUGUUUUGCACUAUACGAUCCAUCGCAACCAGUCGAGCUGCGGAGGAAGAAGAAAAGUGCACAACUUGUAGAUUAGCACUAAUAAAGGUCGACGUGGUCUGCGGCGGCGGCCGCUCGGAACUCUUCCACAUCCCCGUCGAAAAGUGGGCGGGAGACGCAAGGAGAGAUGGGUAAUGUUGUGUUUUUGUUGGAUUGGUGUUUUCAGCGCCGGGACGUUUUCCGUGUGUGUUGCAGGGUUUUUCAGAGGCAAUAGAGAGAGAAAGAAGCUACACAGGCACGUUGGUUUAAACCUUUGUUCUUUUGUUAUGUUACUAAUAUUUGAUUUGAUGUUUUUUUCCUUUGAAUUCAGAUACAGUUUAGAGAGCGAGUCUCCCUUUGUGGGGGGUUUGUGUAGUAUUUGAAUGACUCAGGAAACUUUGAACGGCUCAUAUCUGCACGUUUUGUUCCGCUUUUUAUCGCAGAUUUACUUCAAGUUACAUAUCAUAGUAAUAAGGCAACAUAUUCAUUAAAACAAUCUGGCUUGAAGGGGACGUUUGUGUUACACACCGCUUUGAAUUUAUGAUCUGGCAGUUUAUUGUGGACCAGUUUGGGGAUAUCUCAUCACUUGCACGUUAAGCUCUCCUUUGUUUCAGAUAGACAUUAGUUAUCAUUUAUUCAUCCGCCUUUUUUUGUGGAAAUUUAUCCAGUAUGAGCAGUGUGCACUGUGGGCGUUUCUGUCUUGUCAGGACAUGUUGAAGUUGAAGCCCAAGCAAAGGACGAGAUCGUUCAAAAGACCCGAUAAACAGACCUUUUUCGAGGUCAACUUUUUUUCGUUGAAGGUUUGUGUUAAGCACAAGCUUUGCAGAUUUAAAACGGCACAUUGAUAGAUUGUAACAAAUUAAUCGUUUCAUACCAAGAGAAAACAAUGUUGCACACGUGAGACGUUCACUGACACCCGGGCACUUCUCGCAGUAAAAGAUUCGCAGCCAGCAAACGACCUUUGAGUACUAAUAAUCUUCAAUUUAGCAAAUUCAUUUUUGGAGAGUUGUGAAGAUUUUUCUUCAGACAUUGUUUUUUUUGGAAUGAAACCUUUCAUCUCCCCCACUCUCCUGAGUUUUAGCAUUCACCACUAACCCUUUAAGUAGCCAAGCCUUAUACUACUCUAUGUUUUAAAUAUACAUUUAUAAAAAAAAAAAAGAAGCUUUUAUUUGACAUGUGUAUCCUUUAAGAUGAAGGACUGUACUUUGUAUUAAAACCUGUUUUAAGUCUCUGGAAAGUUUCGGCAUGUUUCAAAGGGGAUUUGUGGUAUUUAUAUAACUUGUGGCAUUCUUGGACUAAUGAAAUGCAAAUUAAAGAUAUCUAUAUUUAUUACCA